CGGCUCCCGGGCGCGCAGUGGGGACCACGGCAGCAACCGCAACCGGUCACUCCACCGCGCGGGCGGGUGCACCUAUCCCGCCGGCCCGGCGCUCUGGCUCCGGAAGCGGAAGGGGAGCGCAAGCCCGGCUGGGCGGCGGCGGCGGGACUAGAGGAGAAGGAGGAGGCGGAGGUGAAGGGGGAAGAGCCGCCUGCAGCCGCGAGAGCAGUAGCGGGGAGAGCGAGCCCCCGGCGCCGAGUCUCAUGGAGAACUGCUAUUGAGGAGAGAUCCAUUUGUUGGGAUGCAAUAAAAAAAAAAGAAUAAUCAAGAUAAACUGCUAAAUCCAAGUACCAGAAAAAUUGCAACACAUCUCAGUGAAUUUGCAAGUGUCCUGAAUGGAACUGAAACAUUAAAAGAAGAUACGUGAAGUUAAUGAUACUGAUCAUGUUGAGAGACAGACUUCUGUCAUUUCUUUUAGCACUUGAUAGUUGGCAAGAUUGUAAAAAUAAACAUUCUUUUUAACGUUUCUCUUUUUUAGGUUCGUCUUCGCUGUGGAUUGGUAGGCAGUCAUAGGGCUGCAGAAUGGGUCUCCGGAUUCACUUUGUUGUUGACCCACAUGGUUGGUGCUGCAUGGGUUUGAUUGUCUUUGUCUGGUUAUACAACUUUUUUUUAAUUCCCAAAAUUGUCCUCUUUCCUCACUAUGAAGAAGGACAUAUUCCAGGCAUAUUAAUAAUAAUAUUCUAUGGCAUUGCCAUGUUCUGUCUGGUUGCUUUAGUGAGGGCCUCAAUAACUGAUCCAGGAAGACUCCCUGAGAACCCAAAGAUCCCACAUGGAGAAAGGGAGUUCUGGGAAUUGUGUAACAAGUGUAAUUUGAUGAGACCGAAGCGUUCCCAUCACUGCAGCCGCUGCGGCCACUGUGUUAGGAGAAUGGAUCAUCACUGUCCAUGGAUUAACAAUUGUGUUGGUGAAGAUAACCAUUGGCUUUUUCUGCAGUUGUGUUUCUACACUGAACUUCUUACUUGCUACGCACUGAUGUUUUCUUUCUGCCACUAUUAUUACUUUCUUCCGCUAAAAAAGCGUAAUUUGGACCUCUUUGUUGUUAGACAUGAAUUGGCCAUCAUGAGACUAGCUGCCUUUAUGGGCAUUACAAUGUUAGUUGGAAUAACUGGACUGUUUUAUACUCAACUAAUUGGCAUCAUCACAGAUACAACAUCUAUUGAAAAGAUGUCAAACUGUUGUGAAGAAAUAUCGAGGCCCCGAAAGCCAUGGCAGCAGACCUUCUCAGAAGUUUUUGGCACUCGUUGGAAGAUCCUGUGGUUUAUUCCUUUCAGGCGGAGGCAACCACUGCGAGUUCCCUACCACUUUGCCAAUCACGUCUAAACAGAUGGAUGGUGGGCACAGAUGGGUCCUCCAUGCUGGAAAUGCGUUACAGGUUUUCUGAUAAUAGAACUAUGACAGUCUUCAAGUCAAUUAAAAUCCACCCACCAAUCUUAAGCAUCAUAAUGUGCCCCAGGCUUUAUUUUAAUAGUGAUCUUGAUCCUGUUGUGGGACUAAUAAAAGAUCUAUAUUUAAGUUUUAAAGCAUGUUUACUUUCAAAUUAGCUUUCCACAGGGAUUUCUUUAAAUGCUUUUGUUAUUAAACUCAAAAGGCACUGAUUGGGAUGAAAUAAUUGUACAUAAUUUCUUUUAGUACUAACAGUGUUACAGAUUUGUGUGUGUGUAUUUAAAAUUUUCACUCUUAAGCGGUACUAACCAAAUCUGAAUUUAAUCCUUCAAAUUUUACAAAAGUUGAUGUACCUUUUAUGUAAAUUUUGUUUUUCAAAUACAGUUUAAAAUAUGAUAUACUCCCUUUUAUAUGUGCUGCAAGAUUUUUUUUAAAUGCAGCAUGUAAGAUUGAACAGCAACAAAAACCAAAAGCAGCAACACAAAAAAAGGACGGUGUUUUCUUAGAAGUAGCUUUCUGAUUUUUUUCUCUUCACCAAAAACUAAAUAAAAACACCACUAAAGUAAAAUACCAACUACCUGCUUUAUUUUAAAGGAAAAAUUAAUUUUUCCCAUGUUAACUUUCCCAUUUCUUCUCUCUCUACUGUUGUAAUUAUUGGUUUUUGUUGAGAUAUUUGCUCCGGGGAAGAAUUUUUGACUAAACAGACGUGUUCCUAUUUUACCCUAAGAUUUUGAUGAGCAAAAGGGUAAAGAACUUGCAAUAAUUCCACUGAUACCUUUUUUUGUGUCGUUAUAUUAGAAUGUGUUAUGUUUUUUAAAUGCUAGUGAACUAGAUAAUAUGUAAUGUAUAGUAUAAAGAGGAGUAUUGUGCUUUUGAAAAAAUGUAUACUUUUUACUUUUACCUAUUAGAUCUAAAAUGACACGUUAAGAUUUUUAUGUAAUAAAUAUUGGCCAACUAAUAUUGAAAUUUUAUUUAUAGAAAGUUACUAGUAAAAGUAAGUAACUUUUGUGUACCUGUAAUCACCCAAAUUGAAAUUAAAUUUUAAUUGCCCACAUGUAAUCUGGAUGGAGAGACCUUUCGUUGUAGCUAUUGUUAGGAAAUGACCUUAAAAUAAGAAAAUAUAGUGAUCUGUAUUCAUGAUUAUAAAAAUUUGAAUUGUUGAUAGUGAUGGUCUCUUGGAAAGUACAGAACAUUUGUGUGAAAAAAAUAUUUAGUAUGUUUUGGGAAAAAAUUCAGUUAAAAAUUUUUUUUCCAUUAGAAUACUGCAAAAUCCAUAUAUCUUUUCUAAAGAAAUUAUGUACUCAGUCUUUCUCUUGAAGAGAAGAUUGAAGGGGUGUCUAGUGUUCUUGGAGCAUAGCAAUAUUUUCUUUUUAGUUAAUUUUGAUAGUAAGGAGUCAUACCUGAGAAAUCAUGGGACAGAAGGUUAACCAUUGUCAGCUAGUUAACUCUACUGUGUUUAGUUUUUAGAAACUGUAAAUAGUCUUCUAAAGUAAUAGAAUAAGGUCUUCUCAGAGAUUUAAGUGCCAUGUCUCUCCUGUUCUGAUUACAAUGCUUUAUUAUUUAAAAACUUAGAUGUGGCAGGUAAAAAUAUUUAUUGGUGCUGAUAAGUUGCAUAGUAAAUUUAAUAUAAGAAAUAUAUUUAUAGAGCUUAAUGAACCACAAAAUUAGUAUAUUCAUGCCAGGCAAAUAAAUGGGUAGGGUUUUGUGCAAGCUAACAUAUUGACCAAAUUUGGCCUGGUGACAGAAGUUAUAAGGAGUAUAGAUAAUGUAGAUAGAUAUCAGUCAAAUGCCUUAUGCUGUAUACAUUCCUUUCAAAUGAGGACCUUGAGAACACAGCGUAGCCAAGUGAGGACUCCUUAAGAGCUUUAUGGAUGUAUUUAUACUUCAUGUAGUAGCAGUAGCUACCUUGAAAGGUACUGGGGAGGUCAGUGCCAACCUCUGCCUCAGUGAUGAGAACCAGAGGUGGUCUCUUUCCUACUCUAAGGAUCUCUGUUUCUGGCUUUCUUAGAUUUCCCAAUUUUAGGGCACAAUCUUUUCACUUCUUUCUCUUUACUUUCCCUGAUCCUGAUCCCAUUGUAGCUGAUUCUUCUAAGUUACUGAAAUGCAAACUAAUACACUAGGCAAGGCAUAUAUUUAUUUUUCUUUGAAUGGCAGAAAUGCUACAUAUCAAUAUAUUUAUAUAAGAAUCUAUAUAAAGUGUAGCUGUGUAUACUUAUGCUGUAACUUUAAGUGUUUUCAAGUUAGCACACAUGACUGGGUUUUGUGAUUCUUGGUAGACCACGUGAGAGAAGCCACCUGGCACUUUCCCAGGGAGUGCAUAAACUCUAGUGUUCUCUCUGCGCCCUCUUUUGGCUAAUUGAUGUAAUUAUACUGGCUUUAGAGAUUUAUUGCCCCACAAGUGAAUUGUAUAGUCAAAUUCUGAAUACUUCAAAGGUACAAAUUUAAGGGAAGUCUGUGUAAAAAAUGUAAGGUUUUAUGAAAAUGAAUGUGUUCCUGUUUAUGAUUUUGAUGUCUAGUUCAUACAGGUAUGACCUUUUUUCUUCAUUUAUGUGUAUUCAUAUUGUAUAUUUUUUACUGUCAGAUUUAUAUCAGAUGAGGAUAAAUACAUAUGAAACCAUUUCAUCAAUUUUAUUUUGAGCCUUAUUUUGGCAAAUUAAGCCUCAGAAUUGAAAAAACCAUUACCUUAAAAUUACCAAUUUACUACAAAACAAAUUUAUUGUAGUUACAAUAGCAAGCAAGUGUCUAGUUAGUGUUUUACUGAAUAUAUAAAAAAAUACAUUUGGUUUUUAAUCCCAGUUUUGGAAUGAGUUUUUUUUUUACUGAUUCAGUUGUAUUAAAAUAAUGAGAUUACUAAUUCUUUCUAUAAUUUUCUUCAUUCCUUUUAAUUAUCCUACUGUGAGUUAGAACUGUACCUUUAGUAGCUGAUUUAUUAUGUAUUCUGGAUAACCAUGAAAAUAACUAAUGAUGUUGAACAUUAGAAAAUAAUUAUGAGCAGUGAGAUUAUUGAUGUAAUCUAUAUAUUGAAUGAAGUAUUUCCUUAUAAACAUUCCAUUUCAUUUUAAGUGAAAUGUAUGUUAAAGGAUGUUUUAUGUCAGCAAAGUCAUUAAUUGGGCUUCUGGAAAUGAAAGAUUUUUAAGUGGUUGUUAGAAUUUACCCCUCUUGAACAAUUAUGUUAGCUGCUAUUUAUUUCUGCAAACAAAAAUAUUUUAUAGGCUCAAGAUUGUGGGCAAAAGUUGACUGAGUUCAAAAUUUUAAAAAUAUUAAAUCAGCUGAUGUUCCACUGUAAGAAAAAUAACUAUUUUGCUUAAGAAUUGUAUUAAAAAUAUUUGUGGUUAACUUAAGAAAUAGGUAUAUUUAAAAUAGUAAUAUAUUAAUCUCUUUGAGCAGAAGAAAGCAUAGUUUUAAAUAAUAGAAAUAGAAAACAUAAGCAUAGAUAAAGUUUAGUAUAACAGCUAAGUUAAAAUUUCUGUCAGAAUGGGCAUUAGUGAUUGUUUGCUAAAGCUUAGGGGUAUUUUUCUCCAGGCUGGUGGCUAAUUUUAACUACUCUUCAUCAGGCUUUUUCAGGCCACUUUUGUACAAAUAAUAAAUUGAAGGUAUGUUUCACCCCAAAGGGUGUUUUGAUGCUAAUCAUGAAGACUUGAGUUAGGAGAACACCUCCACACAAGACGUAUGAAAUAAUUUUGAUUUUUAAGCAUGUAGCUUUCUAUGUGUUAGGUAAUGGAGUGGUUUGAAUGUUCUCACUUAUGUUGGUAUAAAAUCACAAUAUAUGCAGCUGUAGUUUACAAAAGCAUUAAUAUUAACAGAGCUGCUAGUCUUUCCCUGGACUUUUCUCCAGUGUCUACUUCCCUUAGUGCUUCCUGUAUGAACAGAGUACUUAGCUCAAGUUUACUAAACUGUUGCUGCUUUAUUAAAUAAGUUUUUGACAUGACCUCUAUAUAUGUAGAUAUAUCUAGAAUUUAUUUGGUACAGUUUAUACUUAAAAACAUUAAAUAAUUUAUUAUUAGAUAUGGGAUUUUUUUUACCCAAUUCUCCUACUGUUGCUUUAAAAAAAAUAAGUAUUAGCAAAUGUAGUUAGUAAGUCAUACACAUUUAGUAUGUUCUACUUGCUAGUAUUAGUAGCCAUAUAACUAGUAAAUGAAUGUAGUAUUUAAUGUCCACAUUUAUUACUUUAGAUCCUAAGAAUGCUUUGAAUUUCUCUGUAAAUCACUAAUUUCAUUGAACUCUGAAUUUAGCCAUUCUCAGUUGAAUCCUAGAAUAUUCUUCAGUAGAACAUGAAAAAGUAAUAGAACCAACUUGCUUGAAGUAUUGUGAACCAAUGCUGUUGUUCUAUAUAUCAGUCAGUAUUUAACAUUUCUGCUGUGUUUGGGAUGGUGAUGGUUUAACUCCAGGAAAGUUUUCUCUUAUGUCUCCUUUCAUUAUCAUUGUGCAGUUUUUGACAACUAAAUUUAGUGUAUUUUUGUCUGUUCUUCAGAUGUUAUAGUAUGCUGCUUGCUAUGCUAAUUUGAAACAGAAAUAAUAGUGAUCUUUAUUCUUAUGUUAUUGGUAUUUUGGGUAUUUUCUAUUAUUAUUAAUUUUUUUUGCUAUAUUAUUUCCUUUUUCCUUUUUCUACCAUAGAGUACAGGUAUAAAUGAGGAGUGAGUAGCCAAAACUGGAUAAAGAGAGUAGGGG